GUGUACGCUUCACCCUGGCACAGCGGCGGUAUUAACUCUCCAGCUCCAGCGGCAGCCACACUACCGAGAUCUGGGAGCUGCUCCACACCGCGAACGAAGAACCGGGAAAAAGUCUCCUGUCGAGGGAGGAAAGCAGAGCAGAGCAGGGCGGCUGUCGGUGCUGUUGCAGCAGCAGAAAAGGAUAUUUCAGGUGCUACCUGUACUUUCUCCCCCGGCAUCCCGGCGGAACACAGCCCCGAGACGUGAACGUUACACUGACCGAAAGUCGAUAAGGAAGCUAACGUUCUAAACCAUCACUGCUAACGUUCUAAACUAUCACUUCGAACGUUCUAAACCGUCACUUCUAACGUUCUAAACUAUCACUUCGAACGUUCUAAACCGUCACUGCUAACGUUCUAAACCGUCACUUCGAACGUCAGUUGGACAUCUGCUUUCUUUCAAAAUAAGAUGGCGUCCAGUGAGUCGCGCCUCCAGCAGCAGCCGUCCCCGAAAGACGCGGCCGACCAGAACUUUGACUACAUGUUCAAGCUGCUGAUCAUCGGCAACAGCAGCGUGGGAAAGACUUCCUUCCUGUUCCGCUACGCAGACGACUCCUUCACCUCCGCCUUCGUCAGCACCGUGGGCAUCGACUUCAAGGUGAAGACGGUCUUCCGAAACGACAAGAGGAUCAAGUUGCAGAUCUGGGAUACAGCAGGGCAGGAGCGGUACCGUACCAUCACCACAGCGUACUACAGAGGAGCCAUGGGCUUCCUGCUCAUGUAUGACAUCACUAACCAGGAAUCCUUCAACGCAGUGCAGGACUGGGCGACGCAGAUCAAGACGUACUCGUGGGACAACGCUCAGGUGAUCCUGGUCGGUAACAAGUGUGACCUGGAGGACGAUAGGGUCGUCCCCACGGAGGACAGCCAGAGGCUGGCAGAGGAGCUAGGUUUCCAGUUCUUCGAGGCCAGCGCGAUGGACAACAUCAACGUGAAGCAGGUGUUUGAGCGUCUGGUGGACGUCAUCUGUGAGAAGAUGAACGAGACCAUGGACGGAGACAUCAACCUCGUAACCAACCACAGGAACCAGCUGAAAGACUCGCCCUCAGAGAGCCACGGGGGCUGUGCUUGCUGAAUCAUGUGCCCCAAACACACAUAUAUACACACACAGACACACACACACACACACACACAGACACACACACACACACACACACACACAGACACACACACACACACACACA